AUGGCCCCGAGAAUAUCAUGUCUCGUCGACAACGUGCAGCUGCUUCGACGAUUCGCCGAAGACGCAAAACGCGACGCCAAGCAAUGGGCAGCCUCGUCCGGCGAUGGCGACCCGACGGUCGCACACGUCGAGGAGGGUGGAGCAGGCGAGGCGGGCGCGGAGUCUGCAGCGACAUAUCAGCCCAACAGCAUCGGAGACGCAACGCGGCUCAUCGACGUCGUCCGAGGUGCAGUGGGAGCGAAUCAGGUGACGGCCAAGUCGCCGGAGCUCAUGGCAAUGAUACAGCAGCUCUGUCGGUUUCAGCAAUCGGCGCUGCGCUCGACGGCCGAGCUCGAGGCCACGGCGCUGAUCGAACGAGGAGAGGCGGUUAAGCAUGCCAGGGCGGGUAUUUUCCGGGGCCGCACUACCGCCGCAGGAUCAGGUCAAGGCUAUCAAGUCGCAGCAGUCCAUCGCUUUUCUGAUAAUAUGCCGCCAGCUCGAUUUGAUGCAGCAGACCGACAGGGCGAUGCCUGCCAGCUGCGCCAGUUCGUCGGUGGCGAGGGCGGUACCGGCAAGUCGCGAAUCAUCGAGGCACUCGUCGAGCUGUUCAGUAAAAGAGCCUUUCGAAUCGCGGAGCGGUUCAUCCACGGCCAGUCUCGAAUGGAUUGGCAGGAGAAGGAUGUGCUCGUCAUCGACGAGGUGAGCAUGCUCGGGGCGCGGACGCUGCACGCCGUGAACGAGCGGCUUCGCCGGCUUCGCGGAUCGCGGCAAGAUUUCGGGGGGAUCCCCAUCGUCCUCUUCUGCGGAGAUUUUCAGCAGUUCCGGCCGGUCCAAGAGAGGUCGAUCGUCCUGCCUAGCGCGGCCAUCUCGUGGGACGUAGACAACUCGUUCAAGGCCGAGCAGCGUCACCAGCACGACAAAGCGCACGCACUGUGGAAGAGGUUCACGACGGUCGUCAUGCUGGACGAGCAGAUGCGCGCCGCCGGCGACCCGGAGCUGCAGAGGCUGCUGAAGCGGAUCCGUCUAGGCGUGCAGGAUCGGACGGAUCUAAACCUCCUCAACUCAAGGAAUCGGUGGAACCUGAACAUGGAGGCGAGCCUGGCGUUCCGGGUCCAGCAGCGGUCGACGAUGCGCAUUUUCAUCUCCGAGCACAAGUGGAAGGAGGAGCUGCCGACGGAGGAAGAGGCGAUCAUGAUACUCAACCAGGGCGACGAUAGCGCGAUCCCGGUGCCGGCCGUCUUCAUGUUCGUGGCCGGGAUGCCCAUCGUCGUGAACCACAACACCCACCAGGGGCUGAAGCUAGUGAACGGCGCGAGCUACUCGGCGGUGGAGGUCAUUGUCGACAAGGCGUACCCGGGGCAUCGGAUCUCGGCCGAUAUGACGAUCCACUUCGGGCCGCCGGCGGGGAUCAUUCUCGAAUCGGAGACGACGAGAUAUCUCCACUUCUGCCAGCGAAAAAGGCCGUGGCAACGCAACGACGUCAGCCGAAAGGGUUUGCCGUGCGCAGCAGCGUUCGCGUGCACGGACUACAAGGUGCAGGGCAAAACGCUGGAGCGCGUGGCCCUCGAGCUGCGAGGACACGGACGACGAAGAUGGAUGGAACGGUGGUGCCCUCGCAACGGCAUCAUGCUCGUGUCCAAGGUGCGGGACAGAGACUUGGUGGGCAACCGGGUCCCCGAGGAGAUGACUGCCGCACAGGCCAGGCUCGAGGUACUGAGCGAGAGGACCGUUGAGGAGGCGUUGCGCUGGCUGGACGGUGAUGCUGAAGAGUCAAGGCGGCCGCGCUAG